CUUGUUUCUGGAAAACCAUGGAAGAAAUUGGUCCUGUGACCACAUCAUUUUGAAAAGCCCUCCAUUUUACUCAUCCUCCAAAGAAGAGAGACACAUGGCAUGAGAGUUUGGCAUUUUGCUUUCUAGCAUCUGUUACCUGGAACCCAGUCACCUGUCGCCUAUCUUCCAUCCUACCUGCCUGCCUACCUGCCCGUCUGCCUACCUGCCUGAACCUCUGCCUGACCCCUGGAAUUUUGACCGGUGUCACUAGUAUUGCUGCUGAUUGCCCUGCCGGCUCUUUCCGCAGCCAGUGAGAAGAACGACGAUCUAGGUAGUUAGCACAACCUGAACAUGGAUCAAACCAACCUGGAAUGGCAGACCUUUAAUGGCUCUCUCCCCAACGGAGCAGUUUCAAUCUACAAUGAAGAGAAGAAACGCACCGACUAUGUUAGCAAAUACACUAGCUCGGCCGGCUUCUACAACCCUGACAAGGGUCCUUACUGCUUCUACCCCUAUGGAGACAAAGAGCUCAGUGGCUCCCCAUUUGAGAUCCUGGUAAACAAAGACAACUUUGAGUUUUUAGAAUGGAAGGAUGGCUCCCACGGUUCAGUGCCUCAGAAUGCAGUUGAGACCUGGCCCGGCAGCGGUAUAUAUGUUGGGAAGAACCAGUAUGGUCUUGGGAAGGUAGAUGUUAAAAAUACGGCUUUCUUCCUUCCGUGGGAAGGUAAGGAGCAUUGGUACAAGAACUACCAGGUCCUGACCGUUAACAAAGAUGUAAUCAGCGAGGACAUAUCUGAUAUCAAGUAUAAAACUGAUGGGGUUAAAGCCAUUAAGGGUUCUCCAGAGACCAUGCAAAUAUCUGUCGUCACCAACAAUGAGUGCCGUUCAGUGAAACGGACAACUACCCUCUCAAAGACAACCCAAAAAGAGACAAGGUGGGACACAAGCUUUUCACUAACAGUGGGCGCUAAGACUACCAUCACUGCUGGAAUCCCAUUAAUUGUUGAAGGAAAAAUCGAGUUAAGCGCAGAAGCGACCUUCGGGUUCACCAAGGGGACCACUCAUACCGAGUCGUCCACCCACACUGAUUCUGUUGAGGUCGAAAUACCACCAAACCACACCUGUCGUGUCAGUAUGGUGGGACAUAAGUACGAGGAAGACAUCCCAUAUACCGCACGCCUCAAGCGCACCUACAGAAAUGGGAAGACCACAUGGGCGUCCAUCUCUGGGACCUACAAAAGUGUCCAAAUGGCAGAAAUCCGGGUUGUGGUGGAUCGCUGUGAACCUAUACCUAACGCCAAGCCCUGUCCCUUAAACAAAGAGUAAUGGAAGCGGUUUCAUGAGAUACGACACC